UUUUAGGCCCAUUAAUUUUGAUAUAAAUCUACCAAUUACCCUAAUUCAAGUCUUCUUGCUUGAAGGAGCAAUCGGCACAUCCUUCAUUAUCGGUUUCAUAGGUUUGCGUGGCUCUUUCUUGAUUUGCGAUUGAAGUGUGUAUGUAUAUUUUGCCUCAAGAAGUAAAAAGUAUGCUUAAGAGUGGAACAAGAAGUGAAAAGUAUGCUUUAGAGUUGUUUGAUGGUAGAGAUAUGAUGAUACGGUCAAAAGAGACAGCUUCCAAACCUUGUGAUAAAAUGUCAUCGCAUCAUGGUCUUGAAAAUCAAAAGCACCAAGUUCCCAUGCUCUUGAAUUCUAGUUCUAAAAAUUUACAGAAGAGGAAAUGUAAGCAAUGCAUACAUGAUGAUAAAUUUGUAACCGAUUCUGAUCUUAUCGAUAAAAAGAAAUAUGGUACUAAUAAUGCCAAAGAUCAAAAAAGAAAAUUAUCUCAUGUCUUAUGUUCAACACCAUCGGAUGAAAAAAUGACUAGUUUACCAAGAAGACAGAAAUAUGGUUCCCCUAUUCACAAUGAUAGGGUAGAAUUUUGUGUUAUUUCUAGACAAGAUUAUUCUCACCUAAGUGACGCUGAAGAUUCUGUGAAGCGAAUAAGUUCUCCUGAGAAUGAAGAGAGGUGUUAUGUUCAUGCUAGAGAUUUAAUGAAUAAUAAUAGUUAUUCUUAUGGUAUCGCGACAUCAAUCAAAGAGAAACUAAAAGAAGAAGAUAUGGGAUUUGCUGACUCUCGAAAGAAUUUUUUAUCUUUUAGGGGUAACCAUCUUCCAAGACCAUUUAUUCCCAUUGGACCUAGGUUUCAAGCUGAAGUUCCCGAAUGGGAGGUGAAAACCAACAUAAACCGAUAUAAUAGUGAUGACUGUUUGAAGUGGUUAGGCACCCAAAUUUGGCCAAUACCUUCUCUAUCUAGAAAUAAUGCAUAAAGUAUUGGAAAAGGUAGGCCUGACUCAAGCUCGAAUGAGUACCAUGAAUUAGGUUAUUGUUUUAAAAAGACGAUGGAGGUAGAGAGUGUUUAAAAUCAAAGGUUAAUGAGCGCCUUCUCAAGUUAGAAGUUUGAUGACAAUAAAGAUGUUUUGAAAUCAUGGACAAUGGAAGUUGAGAAGAAAUUUGAAUCUCUAAUAAAAUUGAAUUUACUAUCAAGUGACACAAAAUUUUGGAAGCUCGCCGUGGAGUACUUUCCAUCCAAAUAUAUUGUGUGCAACUAUAAUGCAUACACCCCUAGAUGAAUUAGUAUAGAAGAGAAGAUAUCCUUUUAGCGCAAUUGCUGAUAAAUCAAAAUGAUAAUUAUGAGAUUGAAGAUGCAUGUUCAUCUAAAGGUAUGAUUAUGAUUUCAACUGGAAAAAAUUUUAAAUUGCAGCAUUAAAGAUGUUAGGAGCUCGAAAUCUAGCUCAUGAAUCUUCAAUAUCAAUAUCAUUUAGAAGAUGUAGUCUAUUUCGAAGAUGUAGUCCUUAAAUGUCCUCUAGUAAAUUAAAAGUCAAGUCUCUAUUGUUAUGUUUUGCUUUUCUGAAUUGUUAUUUCCAAAUUAUCAUUGCACUGAAUCAAAAGUCUCCCUUCAGAGCAUUUAAUUUAUUCUACUUUCCAUUUUUCUCCACUUUCCACGUUCUUUUUAAUUGUUGAUUUUUAUUAUGUGUGCCUUGAAUUUUUGCUGUUUAGAUAUUUCUUUUACCAUGUUUGAGCAAUUUAAUUGUCGAAACGUGAGGAUCAUCAUGAUGACGGAACUCGUAAAAAUUAAGCGCAUAAUAAAUUUUUAACGAGAAUAAUUUAAUGUUCCAAAUUUUUUAUUUUUAAUCAAAGUUUUACUACGAAAGUAGAAGCAUAAAAAUAUUGGUUUCUACUCGUAAGACCUUUCAACUUAUUAGACCAAGAAUUCAACCUACUAAAAACUCUUAAAGAAUUAUUGGAUACUCUCAAGAAUAAAUUUUGGGGAGAGUAUUUGAUCUUUUUUUUUUACUGAACCUUGAUAACUUCUCGUGGUUUCUCUUUUCCCUUAAGUUUUACUUUCUAAAUUUUAAUUUUUGCUGCUCACUUUUAAAACUUUUCUAAAAUGCUUUUAAAAUCCUAAAUUAAUUCUAAAAGUUUUUCAAAAUCAAGUUUUUUCGAAACACACAAUUCACCUUUCUCUUGUGUGUGAAGUCACAUGUUCAAGAAUUAGAACCAUAAUCAAACACCACCUCUUCAAUAAGAUAUUAAACACCACCUCUUCAGCAAGCACAUCAAGCACAACCACUUGACCAACAUAUCAAACACCACCACUUAAUCAACAUAUCAAGCACCACUAUUUGAUCAACAUGUCAGAUGAUAUCAUCUAAACCAACAAGUUUUGAACAAGUCUGAUGAAGACUUCUCUUAAGAGUGUUGUCAAAUUCAAAACAAAAUAGAUCGCUACAAACGUCAUACUUGCAAGAACGUAGAUCCACAUAACUUGGGAACAAAAUGGUACUCAAGCACACUCGAGAAACCUAGAAGGAAUUGCCACGCCCUAGCCUAUGAGCCUAGGGCCACAUGUUUGAGAUUCCUACGAAAUGUCCUAACGAUAGAAAAGACAUUUAAUGCACUCGUUCCCCACUUAUUUUGUAACCGACGAUUAGAAUCCUCCACUCUCAUAUGCAUUUAAAUAUGCAUAAUAAGAUCGGCACAAAUUCUAAAAGACUUCUCACUAAAUACCUCAUGACAUGUCUUGGAAGAAAUUGUUCUGGGUCAGCCAAAGACUCAAUAAAAGAAGACACAAAUACUAUCUUAAAGUAAGGUCCAAUGACUACUUGACACAUGUUAUAUAUAUAUAUAUAUAUAUAUAUAUAUAUAUAUAUAUAUAUAUAUAUAUUAGAGUCAGGAUCGAAUGACCCCUUGUCAAACUUAGUAACAUGGAACUUUCGAUAACUCUCUAUCACAUAUCCAUAUAAUAAAAUCCACCGUUGGAUUGAAAACUAUUAUCAUAUAGAUCAUCUCUACAAAAUUUAAAAUUAAUCUAAAAUCCUUUGAUAUGUCAACGAGAUGCAUAAAAACUAACGUCUUACAAGACUUCAACAAAAUCGUUAGUUUUGAUCCUUCUCUUUAAUAUAUCAAAUGGUCUUUAAUAUAUGCACCCAUAUAUUUUCUCACUAAUUUUUGGCGAAAAUCCCAAAAUACUCCUAUAUUUCUGAUAUACAUAUCCGAAGACACAUUUUUUUUU